ACGCUAAAGUACAAUUUUGUGUCCAUCCGAUUUUGGUAGCUGUGGCGUUGCUAGAGCAGAUUAACCUCCCAAAUAUUUCAAAAUCUAAGACAAAUUCAUUUUCCCGCCCGACCAGAAACCUCAAAAUCAUCGAGAGUAAGAACACAUAAUCAAAUCCCUCAUCUCAUUUCUUCACCUUUUGUUAAAUCACACAUACACCACAUAGAAACUGUCUUCAUCUAUUCUCUCCACACAGAAUGUCCACCUCAUCAGCCCGCCGGAUGAAUGAGCGCGGCGGUGGAGGAGCAGCAAGAGUCGCCGCUUCCACAGGAAAAGUCACCCCAGUUUCUGGGAAGUCUAUGUCCGUGGGGAAGGAGAACCCCAGGCCCGCAUCCCGGGUUCGGGCAGCAACACAGAAGCCCAGUGUCCGUCCCAUGGCCCGGGUUGACAAGUCCGCAGCGGUGGCGGCGGAGGAGCCACGUGUAAGGAAGUCUACUUCUUCAGUGCCCAGAGGUAGGAGCUCUAGCCCCUCUGAAUUCACAAGGGUUUUAUCGGACUUGAAGAGAAAUUCUAGGGUUUCCGUGGGCCCAUCACAGAGGAAAAUUAGUAGUUCUAGUUUGAGUGAAAGAACGGGUGGGAAAUGUACCCUUGAGAAAAGGGUUUCGAAAGAUUUGGAGAAAAAUGGCGGAGUUUUAAAUGAGUUGGAGGGAGUCUCUCAAGAAAAUGAGAAUAUUGCGAUCACGGUUGUGAAAAAUGGUGUUAAUGAGAAGAAAGAAGGGAGUUUGAGCUCAGUUACGGUAAAACGCUCUGAUCUAGAGAAAAAGGUUUCGAAAUAUUUGUCGAAAAAUGGCAAGACUUUGGAUGAGGUGGAAGGAAACAAUCAACAGAGUUUAAACAUGAAUAUCAGGGUUGGAAGUUUUAGUAAUGAGAAAAAGGCUGGGGCUUUGAGCUCAAUUUCCAUGAAAAGAUCUGAUUACGAGAAUUUAAAUAUGAAGUCAAAUUCAGAGUAUGGUGCUGAAGUUAAAUCUUCGGAGGAAACAAGGUUGAAAUCUUCAAAAGAGAAUGGGGCGAACAAGUAUCCUAGUAAGCUACAUGAAAAGCUUGCAUUUUUAGAAGGAAAAGUGAAGAGGAUAGCAACGGAUAUAAAGAGGACUAAAGAGAUGUUGGAUAUGAAUAAUCCAGAUGCUUCAAAGAUGAUAUUGUCUGAUAUUCAGGAAAAGAUUUCAGGGAUUGAGAAGGCAAUGGGUCAUGUUGUUGGGCCUGGUGGAGAUGCCAAGAUAGUUUCACUAGGACAUACUGAAACUGAUGAUAAAGAGGAAGAGAAUGCUGUGGUGGAUUCUAAAAGUUUGGCUAAAGGGUUGAAUGUUGAGGAAUUGGAAGCCCGGUUGUUUCCUCACCAUAAGUUGAUUAGGGAUAGGACGUUAUCCAAGACAACAUUUGGAGAAUCCAACAGCACAUUGGAUGUGGAGGAGGACAAAGUAAUUUCUUUUGAUGUUAAUGUUAUCGAUUCGGGAUUCCUGGCUUCUUUGAGUAAGAAGGAAACAGAAGUUGGUGUAGAGGCCAGCAAAGUUCAAGAAGGGGAUGAUCCAGUGGUUUCUGUGACAGAAAGUUCUCUGAAUGUGUUGAAUGGCAAAGGAAAUAUUGAUGCUUUGCUGAUGGCUGAUGAAAAUCUCAAUGAUAUUGAUGAUCAAGAAAGAGUGCCUACCAUGAUCUUUGAUGAGGAGUUUGAAGACAGCUGGUCAUAUCAGUUGAAUGACAUUGGUGGCAAGUCCUCAACUGGAGGAUGGUUUGUAUCAGAAGGAGAGUCGGUUCUUCUUGCUCAUGAUGAUGGCUCUUGUUCUUUCUAUGAUAUUGUCAACUGUGAGGAGAAGGCUGAAUACAAGCCUCCUGCUGGAUUCUCACCAAACAUGUGGAGAGAUUGUUGGGUAAUUCGUGCCCCUAGUGCAGAUGGAUGUUCAGGGAAAUAUGUUGUGGCAGCAUCUGCUGGGAAUUCUGUGGAUUCAGGGUUCUGCUCAUGGGAUUUUUACACAAAAGAUAUUCGUGCUUUCCAUUGUGAGAAUGAAACUGCGCAUGUUAGAACAGCCCUUGCUCCUUUAUCAAACAAUACUAUGUUUAGAAGAAAUUCUCUGUCAUCAUUUAUGGCUACUGAAAACCGGCAAUGGUGGUAUAAACCCUGUGGACCGCUUAUUAUAUCAACAGCUAGUUGUCAAAGGAUGGUGCAAAUAUAUGACAUUCGUGAUGGUGAUCAAGUAAUGAAAUGGGAGAUGCAGAAGCCUGUGAUGGCCAUGGAUUAUGCUAGCCCUUUGCAUUGGAGAAACAGGGGAAAAGUGGUAAUAGCUGAGUCAGAUGCUAUUUCUCUAUGGGAUGUUGGCUCGCUCAAUUCUCAUGCAUUGCUGUCAGUUUCUUCAUCUGGUCGACAAAUUUCUGCUCUUCAUGUGAACAACACAGAUGCAGAACUAGGGGGAGGAGUUAGGCAGAGAGUUAGUUCAUCAGAAGCAGAAGGAAAUGACGGUGUGUUCUGCACUCCCGAUUCUAUUAAUGUACUAGAUUUCAGACAACCAUCUGGUAUAGGUCUAAAGAUACCCAAAGUUGGAGUAAAUGUCCACUCAGCCUUCUCUCGUGGGGACUCCAUCUACAUCGGAUGCACCAGUUUAAGCUCAGCAACGAAAAAGCAGUCCUCUGCCCAAAUCCAACACUUCUCAUUGCGCAAACAAAGGCUUGUAAGCACAUAUUCCCUACCAGAAUCAAAUGCUCAUCACCACUUCACUGCACUGACACAAGUUUGGGGAAAUUCAAAUCUUGUCAUGGGAGUUUGCGGGCUUGGUCUAUUUGUUUUCGACUCAUUGAAAGACGACAUUUCACCUUCUUUCUCAACGGAUAUUGGCACCACACAAAAUGUAAAAGAAAUAAUCGGACCAGACAACAUGUAUUCUCCUUCUUUCGAUUACAUGGCCUCAAGAAUUCUGCUCAUAUCCAGAGAUCGUCCUGCUUGCUGGAGGUACUUAUUAUAGAUAUCUAGUGGUAAGGCACUAAACUACUUUAGCCAUAUGGUUUCUGCAAUAACUUAUUGCCUGUCCUGUUCCAUGUUUGUGACUACAGCUGUUUACAUUCGUUUUCGUAAUCUAUCAUAUGAGGUAUCUGCUAGAUGCAACUAUGUUUGUGGUUAUUGUAUCAUAUAUUUUUGCGCCGUUCUGAAACAAGUUCUAUCCACCAUGGUUUGAGGUGGAAGCAUUUUAUGUUGUGUCUGUGUGUGCGAGGCUGGUUCAAGAAGGUAACCCCUGUCAUGUUCCUGAA